CAGUAUCGCCAACCUACGACAAACGUUCAACUCAACAGUCAACGCGAUCAGGUAACUUAUCGCAAUCAUGGCUGUCGGAAAGAACAAGCGCCUCUCAAAGGGAAAGAAGGGUAUCAAGAAGAGAACCAUCGAUCCCUUCACCCGCAAGGACUGGUACCAGAUUAAGGCACCAACCUCGUUCCAGAUUAGAGAUGUCGGCAAGACUCUUGUCAACAGGACUACCGGUCUCAAGAACGCCAACGACUCCCUGAAGGGCCGUAUCGUCGAGGUCUCCUUGGCCGAUCUCCAGAAGGAUGAGGACCACGCUUUCCGCAAGAUCAAGCUCCGUGUCGAUGAGGUGCAGGGAAAGAACUGCCUGACGAACUUCCACGGUCUCGACUUCACAUCCGACAAGCUGAGGUCCCUGGUCCGCAAGUGGCAAUCGUUAAUCGAGGCCAACAUCACCGUCAAGACGACCGAUGACUACCUCCUCCGCCUCUUCGCGAUCGCCUUCACCAAGCGCCGCCCCAACCAAAUCAAGAAGACCACCUACGCUGCUUCUUCGCAAAUCAGAGCCAUCCGCAGGAAGAUGACUGAGAUCAUCCAGCGCGAGGCCUCGAGCUGCACCCUUACCCAGCUUACCGCCAAGCUCAUCCCGGAGGUUAUCGGCCGCGAGAUUGAGAAGGCUACACAGGGAAUCUACCCUCUCCAAAAUGUUCACAUCCGCAAAGUCAAGCUCCUGAAGGCACCCAAGUUCGACCUCGGCGCCCUUCUUAACCUCCACGGCGAGUCAAACACGGAUGAGCAGGGACAAAAGGUUGAGAGGGAGUUCAAGGAGACGGUCCUGGAGCAGGUAUAAAGUGCUGUACUAGCGGGGUUUUGAUUGGUCAUGUUCAUUAGGGCAAAGGUCUUGCUUUCGGCAUAUGGCGUGACUUGCAUCACCUCUCAGGCAUUUGGGAGUCAUUCAAAAUCAAAUAA